AUGUGGCUGCUGCUCCUCAGGGAGAACGAGACGGAGGCCGUGCUGCGGGACGUCCACAUUCAGUUCGACAGCCUCUUCUUCGUCGCGGUGCCGACGCCAGGAAGCGUCAUACGUAUCCUGGAGGCUUACAGAGUAGCCAAAGGGUACCGGUACGAGGAGAGUGCGGGCUGGGGUUUCCGCAGCCGCGACGGCACCUGGAACGGCCUGGUGGGGCGGCUGCUUUCAGGGCACGUCGAGGUUGCUGCUGCCCUCGUCAUGAUGACGCCCGAGCGCCAUCGCGUCGUCGACUUUUCUCUGCCACUCAUCUUCUCAGGGUUGAACGUGUACAUUCAGGAACCGAGGGAGCAAGAGUUCAGAUGGGUCCACUUUCUACUACCCUUCGACAAUUGCCUCUGGCUGUGCACCGUGACCUUGGUAGUCACCACUUGGGUGGUGCUCAGAAUUCAGAGGAGGUGCAGAAAAGCUGCCGAGAAUGAAGGAGGUGACAAGGGAACAUACAGCGAUUUCCUGCAGGUCGUGGGAAUAUUCCUCAUGCAAGGUGUCGGCACCGGAGAGGAUACGACGUCACGUGACUGCGUGCGGGCGUCGCUGGCGGUGGCGUCUUUGUCUGCGCUGCUGCUGUACACAGCCUACUGCGGCGCACUCACGGCGGCUCUGGCUUCGGGGCAGCCGCGGCUGCCUUUCCACGACAUGUCGGGGCUGCUGCGCGAUGGCUCAUACACCCUGGUUACCCAAGCAGGCGCUGCUGCAAUGAACACCCUCAGUGUCAGAAUACCGUCUACAGCAUGUUCUGUGAGUCGCAACGAUUCAAGUCUGCGCGUCAAUGAUCAGAAAUCUUCGGCCGCUUCUGAAUAA